AUGCCUCUCUUAAAGGAUCUCUUUCAUUUCUCUCCAGAAGAGGCGAAGAGGAAACACAAGAAGAGCCCUAGUUUCUACUUCAUGGAUGUCAAAUGCCCAGGAUGCUGUAUCACCACGGUCUUUAGCCAUGCAACAGUAGUUUUGUGUGUUGGCUGCUCCACUGUCCUCUGCCAGCCUACAGAAGACAAACCAAGACUUACAGAAGGAUGCCCCUUCAUACAGAAGCAGCACUAAAAGCACCCUGAAUCAAGAUGAGUGAG